GUUCUUGCCCACACACCGAACCCUGCCUUGAGUCAGACACCACACGCACGCACAAAAAACCCCCAGAGCAGCCAGGUGUGUCACAUUUCUGACGAGCCUGCACAUCGGCAGCCCACACCGUCCACCCCGACGGCACCCAUGCCUCCCUCAGACAGAGACCAACGCCUUUCAACUGGCCGGUGCAGAACUACACUGGCGCUGCAGUUAAUGCGGAAUAAGUCCUCCUUGCAGACAUAGACUUAACACUUCAACUGGUCUUGAACAGGACUGAGCAUACACCCAUUCCUUUUCUCCGUAUCAUCGCUCAUUUUAUCAAAAGCUCAGGGUGUGAUCGGACCAGCCACCCAGUCUCCGAUCGAGUCCUGCCUAUGACGGACAGACGCACAUCACGUUUCUGCGAGAGGACGCAGCAGGUGUGCGCUCCCUCUACCUCACCCCUGUGGUCCGAAUAUAAGGGACUCGUGACCCUGCGAAGUCAACAGCGAUCCACUCGUCGCGGGAGGAUACUGCAGCGUCUGCGACAGAAGCGGCGCCCAGGGUCAAGAAAUCGCCCAGAGGUUUAAUACGAGUAUGCGGUCGGGUCCGGAUGCUCCCUGCGCGCUCGUCUCCUCCGGUGCGCCAAAGUUUACCGGGCGCACAAAAGGAGAUGGGGCAGAGGGGGAAGCUCGGAGGAGACGCGCCUGGAUAUUGCCAGGAACGCUGUGGUGCGGCGGUCAGAUACGAACAGUUAGGGAUGUUUGAGAGUGCAGAUAGAUGCUGCCGUGAGCAUGACCGCCGCUUGUGUAUCAUCCCUGCCUUCACGGUGAAUUAUGGAGUCUUCAACCCCAACUUCCACACCGUCUCACACUGUGACUGUGACCACAGGUUUCGACAGUGUCUCCUUGAUGUGAACGAUACCCGUUCCAUUUCGGUGGGCUACAGCUUUUUCAACAUCCUGCGGGUUCCCUGCUUUGAGCUCAAACAGCAGCGGCGGUGCACCGAGACGUACUGGUGGGGAAUGUGCAAAGUAACCAAAGAGGGUCCAUACGCCGUCUUCCCAAGCACCCUCCCGUACAGGACCUCUGAUGCCCCAGGCAAAUAUGGGGACAACUCUGACAGCAACAAUUUAACAAGUAGUGAGGGGCAGCAUGUGACCGAAAGCCCCUUGAUCAGCCCACACAAUAAUCAGCCCCUGUGUGGAAGCCUCAAACAUCUAGAUGAAUGUAAAUACCAAAUCCGUCCUUUGGAGAAGAAGUAUGAGCUGCAGAACAUGGAGUCAAAGACCGCCUACCACUGUGAUUGUACCAGCCGCUUGGCUGUUCAGCUCAAAAGCUUCAAGCAACCCAGGAUUCUCCCCACACUACUGAUGGAUUUCGUCUCCCAAUACUGCUUUGAACUGCUGAAGGAGAAAACAUGCAACAGCAGAAAAAGCUGUUCUGUGGAGGCUUCAUUAAAGCCUCUGACCUACUUCGAGCACUUAAGAAGAUAGAGGAAAAAGACACUGCUGGGAAUGUGAAAUUCAGGCAAUGACAGAAAAAGAGGGAUUCCUGUUUGCCUUUAUAGGCGAUGCCUGAGGCUGGAAAGAGGAGCUGAUAUUAUGGCGCAGCUCACAUGAUUACAGACUAAGCUGCCAUGUGGAACAACAAUGCCUUUUAUAAGCUUUAAAUUUCAUGCAACAUUUUCUGUUUCUCUCUGAUGGUGUAAAAUGCCAGUAUGAUGAAAUAGUCAAGGACUCAAACCCCUUGAAUACAGUAAUAUUUUUUAAAUAUGCCAUGAAUGUAAAUUUAAUAUAUCUAGAAAGAGCUGUAAUACAAAACUGCAAACCAUCCGAUCGUGCUUUGAAAAUGUAAUACACACAUUUGCUUUUUGUUUCUGUUUGGAAAUCAUCUGUUAAAGUCAUUUUUGCAAACAUAAUCUAUUAUCUGCACUGCAUAUUGAUUUAGUAAGGAAAAAUAACAGGACAUAUGCCACACUGCUUUAAAAUACAACCCAGGACCUUCCAGUAAU